GGACAAUCGGGGUCGCUGCGCGUGAAGUGUGCCGCGGGAGAUUGCAGCUAAGAGGUAGCGCUCCUGUUGAUACGUAAUUCAUCCGCGCCGAUCGCUUGGCAUCGCUGCGACUAGCUAGCACACGCUGCAAGGCUCCCAUCCCAACACAGCAGUGCUCUCCCGACGCCGCCGCGCAAGGCGCAACGCAACGAGAGAGGAUGAUGAUGGACGACAGCGACGACGAGUUCGUCCCCGACGACGACGUGCCCAUGCGCCAGGCGAAGCCGCGGCCCGCCCCCAAAAAGAAGCCCGCGGCCGCCCCAAAAGGAAGGAAGAAGAAGGACCUCCCGAAGCUGACGCUCGGCCGCAUCACGAAGAUCGGCGGCAGCGCCCCGCCGCCCGUCCCGCCCCCAAAGCCGAAGGCGAAGGCGCGCGCCGCCAAAGCGGAACCGCCGCGAGCCCCCGCGACCCUCAAGGAGAUCUACCCCCACUGCGUCACCACCGAAAACACGAACAAGCGCUUCUUCAAAGAAUGUACACAUUUCGAGGGCCACCACCGUUUGACUGUGUCCUGCGUCGCGACGUUCGACAACCCCGCGACGCACACCCCAUUGGUCGUCACGGGAUCCGAUGAUGGCUUGGUGCUGGUCUGGGAGCCGCGCAACGGCCAGUGCAUCGUCGUGCUGGCUGGGCACCGGGGCUGGGUGCGGUGCUUGUGUACGUACCUCGACCCGCACCACGGCGCGGCGUACGGCGGAUUUCCCAGGAUCGCGUCCGGCUCCUUCGACAAGAGCGUGAAGAUCUGGGAUCCCCUCGUGGGCGGCGCCCCGAUCUACACGAUUGACUUGCCGGCGAUGGCUACUGGACUACUUGUAUAUGUCUACGACAAGCAGGCCUAUUUAUGUCUGGCGACGGGCGGCCGCAACGAGGGCGAGACGACGCUGCGGAUACGGACCAUGUCCAAGGAGGCGGUCAUCGGCCCGCCGAAGCCCAAUGCACCACCUCCUCCGAAAAACACGACGACGAUGCUCACCGGACACACGGACAUGGUCUACGGCAUGGCGACGUUCCACGACCGCGGCAGGCCCCGGUUGGUGACGGGGUCGCACGACAACCUCGUCAAGGUCUGGGACUUCCUGACGGGGAAAGAACUCUUGACGUUGCGGGGCCACGUCGAGGGCGUCAACUGCGUCGCCGCGGCCCAGAACGGCAAUAAGCCGCUCGUGGCGUCGGGCGCCUACGACUGCAGCGUCGGGGUGUGGGACCCCAUCAAAGGCGGCGGGCCCCUGCUCGUGCUGAUGAACCCGGGGGCCGUCGUGACGGCCGUGGCCUUUUUCGCGUGCCCGAAGACGGGCAAGUGCCUGCUGGCCUCGGGCCAGUCGGACCGGACGCUGCGCGUCUGGGACGCGUUGAAAGGAGGCGACUACCUGCAGCAGGACGUCCUGCCCGACAAGAUCCGGGCCAUCGCGCCGUCGUUCGACGGCGUCCACCUGGCCGUGUCGCUCGGGAUGAUGUACGAGCCUGAAAGAGCUGCGGUAGGCUGUUGGCUAAGCGCGUGAGUAGUAUUUUGGGCAGCG